AUGUGCUACUGUAAAUGGAACUGCCCCUUUGAAAACCAUGCUACUAAUUGCAAAAAAAAUCCCAAUAACAUCGAUAAAAGACAAAAACUGCUUGAUCUUGAGUCUAGAACACAUCGUAGUGAUGAUGGUUCGAUUGAAACCGUAACAAUUCCUAGGUUAAGGGAGUUUAAUCAAGAUGUUAUAAGGAAAGCUCUUUCAAAUAUGUUGGUAGUUGAUGAAUUGCCUUUCUCUUUUGUGGAACGUGAGGGUUUCUGUAAAUUUUGCAAGGUUAUUAAUCCACAUUUUGUUGUUCCUUCACGUUCGACAACAACUAGAGAAUUCUAUAGUUUUUUUAUUGAUGAAAGGAAAAAGUUAUCAAAUAUCUUCCAAAAUUUAUCUUCUCGAGUAUGCCUUACCACUGAUACAUGGACUUCAGUUGGUCAUACUGGGGUACUAAUUGGAAGGGCUGUUGAAACAUGUUUAACUGAAUGGGGGCUGAAAAAUAUCUUGAUUGUAACAGUGGAUAAUGCUAGCUCAAAUGAUGUAGCUAUCAACCAUUUGAUAAAAGUUCUAAACCAUUGGGAUUGUGGUGUCUUGAAAGGGGCAUUUUUACAUAUGAGAUGUGCAGCUCACGUCUUAAACUUGGUAGUUAGAGAUGGGUUAAUGGAAGUGAACUCUUGUGUGAAAAAAAUACGUGCUCUUGUAAAGUAUGUGAGAUCGUCUCCUGCAAGGCUUCAAAAAUUCAAAGCUUCUAUGCAAGAAGAAAAAAUAGAAAGUAAGAGUCUUGUGCCUAUGGAUGUUGAUACACGGUGGAACUCAACUUUUUUGAUGCUCAAGAGUGCAAUAAAAUUUAGAAAGGCAUUCUCAAACUUACUUCUAAAAGAUUCUAAUUGUGCAAAAGAGCUUAAAAAAUGUGAGGGUGGUUUAAUUAGUGAUGAAGAUUGGGUUAAUGUAAGUAGUUUAUUGCCUUUUUUGAAGAUAUUUUAUGAUGCUACAAAAAGGUUUUCGGGUUCUAGAUAUGUGACUUCAAAUGCUUAUAUCCAUGAUAUUUUUGGAAUCGGUAAUGUGAUUGAUGGAGUUACUAAGCAUGUUGAUGAGUCCAUUAAGAGCAUGGCACUUAAAAUGCAAAUAAAAUACAAAAAGUAUUGGGGGGAUGUAGAGAAACUAAAUCAGUUUUUGUUUAUUGGAGUAGUUCUUGACCCACGACGCAAAUGGCAAUAUAUUGUAUGGGUGAUGGAAGAAAACUUCGGGAAAGAAAGAGCGGAGAGUUUUCUUUCAAAACUAGAUUUCAACAUGCGUGCGUUAUUCAAUCUCUACAAUUCUUCCAUGCCUCAAAAAGAAAAGGAUGAAGAGGUGUCAUCUACUACUACUAAUGCUAGUCCUAGUUCAAUGUGGGGGCACGAGGUAGUGAUGGAUAUUGAAGAACUUAUGACCAAAAGGUUUGAAAUGGCAAUGGGGAGUUCCGAAACCAUUUUGAAAAAAACAGAAUUAGACAAAUAUCUAAGUGAAGAUCGUGAACCUAUGGAUGUCAAUUUUGACAUAUUGACAUGGUGGAAAGUUCAACAAUGUAGAUAUCCAAUUCUUGCAAAGAUGGCCCAUGAUAUGCUUGCUAUUCCAAUUUCUAUGGUUGCCUCCGAGUCGGCUUUUAGCAACGGAGGACGAGUGCUUGAUGAUUUUCGAACAUGUUUAACUUCUAAAAUGGUGGAAGCAUUAGUUUGUACACAAGAUUGGGUACGAGAGUCUCAUGAGCCCAUUAAUAUUAAUGACAUAUUACUUGAAGUAGAGAAAAUGGAAGAUGAAGGUUUGAAAGAUUUGACCAUGGAGCAACCUACCAUCAUAAUUGAUGAAACAGUUGAUGAACUAACCGAAAGAUUGGAUGAAUGGGGAUUUUCAGAUUUGUAA